GAGAGGAUUCCAGGGGAGAUAGGGACCCCAUUAACCACGGAUGGUGGGGGCGAAGGUCACUAGGCCUGGGUAACAGUUAUGGCAAAAUGAAGGAAAAGAAUAUCCAGCCAGAAGAAGAAAUUGAUGACGAGGUGCCAUGUUGCCUUUCGCAACGAUGGAAGACGGCGUACGUCGGAUUCUUUGGCUUCAUUUGUGUGUACGCCGUGCGCGUGAAUCUGAGCGUGGCCAUCGUAUGUAUGGUGAAAUCCCAGAACUUGACGACCGGCGGUACCGAGGAAAAUGGCACCAUCAUCUAUCAGGGCCCCUGCAGGGCGGAAGCUGAGAGUAGCUCUGUAUACGAGCAUGCGGAGUUUGACUGGUCUAAAACGACACAAUCUACCAUUUUGGCAUCAUUUUUCUAUGGUUAUAUCGUCACACAAAUCCCUGCUGGCUGGCUGGCCGACAGAUUUGGUGGAAGAAGGGUGUUUGGUAUUGGAAUGCUUAUUGCAUCCAUUUGCACACUUGUAUUUCCGGUAUGCGCACGCAUUUCGGUAAACUUGGUGUACGCUUUGCGAGUUCUUCUUGGACUAUCAACAGCAGUUUCUUUUCCCGCGGUGCAGUCAUUAUGGGGCAGAUGGGCGCCUCCAUUAGAAAGAAGCAAACUGGUUUCCUUUACCUAUUUAGGGACCAUGUUUGGAAUGGUGGGAACGUUUUCUACGUCAGGUCUCUUGUGUCAGUACGGGUUUGACAACGGAUGGGGAUCCAUAUUCUACAUCACUGGUGGCCUCACACUUCUGUGGGUUUGUGCGUGGUUUUACAUAACAGCCGAUACCCCAGACCAACACCCCCGGAUUACAGAGGCGGAGAGAAAGUACAUUACUUCGUCGAUUGAAUACAACACCAAUAUGAGGACAUUGAAGACACCUUGGAAAUCCAUUGCAAUGUCGUCUGCUGUAUGGGCCUGUUUGACUGCGCACGUGUGCAACAACUGGACUAACUAUACUCUGUUGACAAGUCUGCCGACAUUCAUGAAAGAAGUCCUCAAGUUUAAUAUUAAAAACAAUGGAGCACUGUCUGCAGUUCCUUACAUCUGUCAAGCGGUGUCUGGAUUCCUUGCCGGUCAAACAGCGGACAUCCUUCGAUCAAAAAGGGUCCUUAAUACCACACACACAAGAAAACUUUACCAAGUGUCGUCGUUUCUCGGAGCCGGAGCCCUUCUGGUAGCGGUAGGGUACAGCACUUGUGACAAACGAGACGUGGCCGUGGUAUUGUUGUCCCUAGCUGUCAUGUUUACUGGUCUCUCUAGGGCUGGUUAUAUCGUUAAUCACAUAGACUUUGCUCCAAGGUAUGCUGGGGUUUUGUAUGGAAUCACCAACACUCUUGCUACUGUACCUGGCAUGGUUGCGCCGAUUGUUGCAGGAGCACUCACUCCAAAUAAAUCUCAAAUGGAGUGGCGAUACGUUUUCUUCGUGUGUGCCGGAUUUGAUCUGUUUGGCGCCAUUGUGUUUGGCUUGUUUGCAAGUGGAACCAUUCAAGAUUGGGCUCGCGACGAAGUGGAAAUUGAGGUCAAAAUACCUAAAGAGGUAGAAGUUAAUUCUGAUAAGAAAAUGGAAAUGGUACAGGCUGAAAAUGAAAAGACGUUGGUGUCCGUGGAACCAGAAGUUACGUAUAGUACUGUCGUAAAGCGUCAUGUUGAUUUAGAUCCCUCUGAUGAGAUGGUCAAGAUGGUUCAAUUUUAAACACAAAAAUUCGAUACAUUCUGUAAAUAAGAUUUUAAGUUUGAUAAUAAAUGUUGGUUUUAUUUGCUUAAUAUAUCACUUUUAAUAAUUGUUAAGAAGAAAAAUGACUUGUAAAGGCACCCAUUCCUCCAGUUUUUAUAUUUUGAUAUAGUAAUUUUUGUAGAUGUGAUGAAUUUGAAAAUGAAAAUUUCACUAAAAAUCAUCAUAUGAAUAUGUUGCUCAGUUGUGUACAGCAUAAAUAUUUUUUUUUUAUUUUUCUGUUAAAAAUCAGUGAAAUGUGGUGACUAAGUGAAUAUCUUUUAAUUUUUCUAGAUUAAAACCUUGCAUGAUGUGUUUUUGGCAUAAUUUAAUA